GCAGUUUAGAAGUUAAUUCGGCUCUAUUUCCAACAAAAACGUUCCCUCCCCCAUAAUCUCCCGUUGCUCAGCAGUUUUGCUCCCUUUUAUUAAAAAAAGAUGGCUGCAGUAGAUUUAUUCAUGUUCCUUCAAAUGCGGAAUAUACCUGAAAGUGUCAUCAACAAACUAAAAGAAGACAAGAUCGACACCAAUGUCAUAGGCAUUAUGACAGAUAAGGAGUUAAGCAAGUAUAUCGAAAGAUAUGGGGAUCGACUUGCGCUCAGAGCAUUUUGCCGUCAAAGAACUGUGACAAACGAAGAGUCGGGAGGAGCAGAGACAGUGAAGUCCUCCCUCAUGCAGAAAUUAAGAGACAGGUUAAGAACUCCUAACACUGGCAUACAAGGCACCGCUACUGGCCAAAAAAAUGCAGCCAAAAUCACCCGGCGGGUUGAAAUGGGAUGGCUCCACUUUGAGAGUGGAAUGUAUCACCAGGUUAGAACGAGAAAAGGAGGAGGAACACGGAAUCUGUCCGUCCAGAAAUCAGUGACUAUGGGUGAACUGUUGGAGACAGGCAAAUGCUUGUUUUUUGCAAAUGGGCAUUCAUCAAAAGGACUGAUGGAAGACUUCGAGUUUGACAUUUGUGAUUACAGUCACAGUCCUGUGCCCCGGGAAGUCACGGUGGGCCAGCUGUACGAACAGACUAAACUAAAAAUGCUACGCAUCUACACAGCCACCAAGUCUAACAAGAUUAUACUUCUCUCUGAUGAAUCAUCGGACUUCGAGCCAACACAGAAAAGGCCACUGAAGGCUAGGACAAUGAAGACACGAUCCUUGAGGAACAAGACCAGGAGACUCAAUCAAGUGGAUCAUCCAGAGAGCUCCUCUGAUUUAGAUCUGGCUCCCAGUGGCUCAAUGCAGCAAAACCAUGAACAAAGAGGAGAGACAAUCAGCCAUUCAAGAUCAGCAACUCCUGAGAUGGGUAACACAGAGCUCCUGCAUCCACGACCUACUGAGGAUGUUGGCAGUCAUACUCAGCAGUCAACAAGAAGGCAUGGAUCUGAAGAUGACUGUUUAACGCCUGUGCCAAAUCAAGAUGCAGACCUGUUGUUAAGUGAUGUCUCAGAUUCCGCUCUUAAUCCUGCCAUUCCACAAUCUCUUGAGGACUCUGAAGUGAAGUUUGGACCCACUGUUGGUGAUGAUAGUGAUACUCAAGACACCACUCUUCCCUGGAAUCCAGAUGACUUGAGCAGCAUGCAGCAUUCUACAAUCAAUGAUGGUCCUGUAUCAUCAAGCAGUCUUCCAGCAUCACCAGAUCCAUUUGACCAAGAAAUCCUUAUUUUGAAAUUAAGACGAGUAAACAUAGUUGAUGAUGUCCUUAAUGUCUUCAUGGAUCCAAAAGUACUGAAUGCUAGUCUAAGAAUGGAGUUUACAAAUGAGAAAGCUAUGGACAGUGAUGGUGUGUCAAGAGAGGCAUACUCUGCAUUCUGGGACCACUUCUUGGACCAGUGUGAGGGGGAAGAUGAACGAUCAGUGUGGAUAUAG